UUCUCCCCUGCUGCUGCUGCUCAGCAUAUGCAACCUUGGGUUCAAUGAGACAUGGUUGUUUCCUUUGGAGUCCUUGCUCUGACUCAGCUACCGAUGCUUUCCUGUCUCUUACUGUCUCAGGACAAAGCUUCAGUCUCCAUCAUUGACCAUCCGGGGAGGUAGUCACACAUCCACGUGGAUGCCUUCCUCUCAGAAGACCCAACGAGAAACACCAACCAGAUGAAAGCAGGGAAUGAUACACAAAUUUCAGAAUUCCUUCUUCUGGGAAUUUCAGAGAAACCAGAAUUUCAGCCCUUCCUCUUUGGGCUGUUCCUGUCCAUGUACCUGGUCACUGUGCUCGGGAACCUGCUCAUCAUCCUGGCCAUCAGCUCAGACUCCCACCUCCACACCCCCAUGUACUUGUUUCUCUCUAACCUAUCCUUUGCUGACAUCUGUUUCACGUCCACGACCAUCCCAAAGAUGCUGGUGGAUAUCCGAACAGAAAGCAAAAUGAUCACUUUUGCAGGCUGCCUCACCCAGAUUUUUUUUUUCGUUGCAUUUGGAUGCCUGGACAAUUUACUCUUGACCGUGAUGGCCUAUGACCGGUUUGUGGCCAUCUGUCACCCCCUGCACUACACGGUCAUCAUGAACCCCCGACUCUGUAGACUGCUAGUUCUGGGGUCCUGGUGCAUCAGUGUCAUGGUUUCCAUGCUCGAGACCUUGACCAUUUUGAGGCUGUCCUUCUGCACAAACAUGGAAAUUCCACACUUUUUUUGUGAUGUUCUCGAAGUCCUGAAGCUUGCCUGUUCUGAAACCCUUGUCAAUAACAUCGUGAUAUAUUUUGUGACAAUUGCAAUGGGUGUUUUUCCUCUCUCUGGAAUCCUAUACUCUUAUUCUCAGAUUUUCUCCUCCAUCCUGAGAGUAUCACCUGCCCGAGGCCAGCACAAAGCCUUUUCCACCUGUGGGUCUCACCUCUCAGUGGUCACCCUGUUCUAUGGCACGGGCCUUGGGGUCUAUCUCAGUUCUGCAGCUACACCAUCUUCUAGGACAAGUCUGAUGGCCUCGGUGAUGUACACCAUGGUCACCCCCAUGCUGAACCCCUUCAUCUACAGCCUGAGGAACAGGGACAUAAAGGGGUCCCUGGGGAGACUCCUCCUCAGGGCAACAACUCUCAAUAAGGGGACCACUGCCAAACUCUCAUGAAUAGCGGUGAACACAAUAUUGAGGCCAGAUUGGCCUCCUUUAGCCAAUAUUUUGACCUCUGCUUUUAUGCAUUUGGAGUGGGGCAGGGAAGGCGUCUCACUCUGUUGCCCAGGCUGCAGUGCAGUGGCACAAUCUCAGCUCACUGCAACCUCCGUCC